AUGAACCAUCCAACUUCCAAACGGCGUUCAAGUAAACCACCUACAGCUGCUUUAAGUGAGAAGGAGGCGCAGGAGGCCAUGGUUGUUGAUUGGGCAGCCAAUAAGCGUAGUGUUACUGUGAUGGCCCCUUAUCUUGUAGCUACGCGGAGCAGGCGGAACAAAGAGGCUCAGAAAUGCAAGUCGCUUGACAUGUUCAUCAACUACCCUGCUCUGACCAUCCCUCAAUUGUUGUUAUCGGAGUUCUCUGAAAUGGAUGACGUGAAAAUUGCUGUUUCCGUUAUGAGGAGAAACUGGCUGGAGAAGCUGCCUCUUAUCACUAAAUAUAUUAGAGAACAUUCAAUAUAUAAUAUUGGAGAUAACUUCUCAGUUGAGCAGCAAACUGUUAUGGUGCUAGAAAACAUACACAGGUUACAUCUGUUCCAAAAAAGGACUAAGCCGAACAACAAUGAGCUUGAAGUUCGGGCUUGCAGAGUUCUGGAAAUAUUCCCUGAAAACACUCCUCUGGCAGAGGCCAAGCCUUCUCUGAGAGACCCUCUAAGGAUCUCUGGCAUUGGUGCUGCAUUGGGAAAAUGCAGUUUCUUUGCGUAUUGUGACACUGAGCCAAUCUUCAACUCUGAAGACCCGAUCGAAGCACUUCUGCUCCUCCUUGCAACGUAUUGGGUGUUUCACCUAACUUUUAGAACUCCCAAUAAAAUGCCAAUAUUAUUUCUUUCAGCGUGCAUUCUGGGCCCCAUUAAAAUAAAAAGUUAUGUGUCAAGAAAUGAGAAAUUUCUUGACUUCUGCAGGGACCAGUUCCACAUGACCGUUUAGAUUAUCUUCUUGCUUUAACCUAAUCUAUAGGUUUAUCUAUUUUAAUUAGACUCCAUUUUGCUGCAUCAUGUUGCACUUUUAUUUUUAGUCUAUUUUAAUCAGACUAAAUUUUCUGCAUCAUGUUGUCCUCUAAUUUUAGUUUACUCUGUGAUUUAUCAUUUUAUUUGUUCCUAUUUUCUAGUCUGGGAUAUAGGUAGCUUUGGAAGUGUUACUCCUAGUAUAAUCAUACCUAACAAGUUCAAUUUUUAAGUUUAAACAGAAUUUUAUCUGUUCCUAUUUUCUAGUCUGGGGGUAGCUCAGGAAGAGUCACUCCUAGAAUAAUCAUUCCUUCCAAGAUUUCUUUUUUUGUUUAAAUAGAAUUUUAUCAGUUCCUAUUUUCUAGUCUGGGGGUAGCUUAGGAAGAGUUACUCUUAGAAUAAUCAUUCCUUAGAAGAUUUCUUUUUUUGUUUGAAUAGAAUUUUAUCUGUUCCUAUUUUCUAGUCUGGGGGUAGCGUAGGAAGCGUUACUUUUAGAAUAAUCAUACCUAACAAGAUUUAUUUUUUAGUUUAAAGAGCAUUUUAUUUGUUCCUAAUUUCUCGUCUAGGAUAUUAGUGGCUUAUAGAAUAGUUGCUCCUAGAAUAAUCAAACAUAACAAGUUUUCUUUUUUACUUAAACCAACUGAAGCUGAAUGCCUCACAGAAAGGUUUUACCUUAUUGUCUGUGAUCACCAUGUGAAAAAUGUUUGAGUUUUUUCUUUCAUAUUUUGUUUCCAUUAGAACUUAAAAUGUGCUUAAUCAUAUUGCUUUGCAUAAUUUGUUUUAUUUGUUUCCUAGCAGAACUUUUCUGAUUAGAGUACCUUGAAGGUUGGUUUUACAUGUAUACUGACUUUAAUAAGUCUUCAAUGAUUGUGUUAACUACUUGUUUUACUCUAAGGACCAAUGCAAAACGUUAAUUUUGAUUAAAAGUUUUCCUUGGAUAUGUUUUCA